AUGGACCCCCAGCACCCUGUGUAUUUCCCGGGGGAGCGUCUCACCCUCAGAUGUUUGGCCCCUAGCGGGGAGGCAGUGACCAGCUACCAGUUCUACAAUCAGCGCGGGGAAUGGGUCUUCACGGAAACCACUGGCCUGCCUGGGGGGCCCUGGCUGGUCCUGACGGCUGAGACGGGGAAGGCCGGGGAGUACAGCUGUGAGUACUGGGCAGUGAGGGACGGACGGCACAUCUACUCUGCACGCAGCCAGGCUGUCUUGGUACCAGUGAUGGAUUUCCCCCUUGCUCCAUCCAUCUCUGUGAUUUCUGAUCCCCCCGGGAUGAGCCCUGUUACCAUCCUAUGCUCGGCCCCUCCGAGACACGUGGCUACAGGGUACCAGUUCCUGAGGCAGGGGAAUGUCAUUGUCUCACAGCUGGAUGCCCGUCUCCAGCUCCGUCAGUCUGAUUUGGACGCUACUGGCCCUUACACCUGCAGCUAUGAGAUCAGUGUCUCAGGGAGAACUAUCCAGUCACUGCCGAGUGCCCCCCUCUCAAUCCAUCUGACAGCAAGGGAGAGCUGUGGUGCUGCUGAAAUGUCCAUCAUCUCCCUGACAUUCCCACCUGUCAGCCUUGCCGGCAAAUUCCUUGAGAUCUGCCAGUCCAAACCUGGCCUUGCAGGUCCCAGUCGGUGUCCGUAG